UUCAGCUCUUUGGUUGAAUACUAAAAAUAUGUCCACCUUCGCUUUCUUCCUUCUCUGCGUUCAGGCUUGCCUGAUCCAGAAUGUAUACAGCCAGUGCCUGGGUAGAGCCGGCGUGAUCGGACCUGCUCUUGCCGCACCCGCCCUUGCCGCCCCUGCUUUUGGUCUCACUGCCCCCGCUAUCGGUCUCGGUGCCCCUGCUCUCGGUCUUGCCGCUCCUGGUUGCGGUUACGCCACUGGUAUGGGUGCUUACGGAGGCUCUGGCAUCGGUAACGUGGCCGUCGCCGGCGAGCUGCCCGUGGCUGGUACCACCGCCGUCGCCGGACAGGUGCCCAUCAUCGGCGCCGUGGAGUUCGGUGGACCCGCUGCCGCCGCUGGUGCCGUCACCAUCGCCGGCAGCUGCGGCUGCGGUUGCGGUGUUCCUUAUAUGUACUGAUUAAAAUAAUGUUACGAUUAAAUAAAAUUUCAACAGCAAAA